AUGAAUGCCUGGCUCCCUGACGCCUCGACCCUUCCUGGCCAGGAUAAUGGCGCGUUUAAUCCUUCCACAAUAGACCCUUCUACCGCCUUCCUCCAUAACUCCCCGACGCCUCAAGACCCGAACCAAUUCCAGCGCAUGUUCAAUGGCGUGCCGCGGAAUGCUUCCCCCGGGUUCCACAACCCUAACCAAGUGAUCCCUUCCAAAAGGCCUCGCCCAGAAGAUGGGAUGCCCAUGUCGCCGCGCCCAGCGCCCGGCGCUGGGGUGACCGGGUCACGCUCUCAGACCCCACAUCAGGUCCCUUUUCCAGGCUAUCAGGGCCCGGCCAACGGGACUGCCCAGUUUCCUCAGCAUCCCACGCCGUAUCAGCACCUUCAGCAGAACGCGUCACCGGGAGUGACCCAGUCACCCAUCAUGCCAGAAUUCGACCAACAGAGUGCUCGGAUGGGAACCGCCUCGCCGAGUCCCUACUCCCCAGCUGGUCCGCAUAUGGGUGGCCCACAGAUGUCCCCUUCACAGUCAGAUGGAAGUCGUGUAAACACUCCUCAGAAUGCCAACUUCAUGCCCGGCCAAGGCUUCCCCCAAGGCAUGAACCCACAGUUCCAACAGGGACCCGGGAUGGCGGCAGCCGGGCAACAGCAACCCAUGCAAGUUCAGCAAUUCAAUGGGAUGCAACAGGUUCCUCCUGGAUAUCACCAGGCAAUUGCCGCUCAGCAGCAACGACUUCGGCAGAUGCAGAUGCAAGGCCAAGGGCCGCAAAUGAACGCCAAUCCCCAAAUGGCGGGACGCCCCCAAGUUCCCGGAGUCAUGAAUCCUAUGGCCAAUCCCCAACAGAUGGCCGCCAUUCGGCAAAUGCAGCAGAAUAUGGGCAAGCCCAACAACCCGGAAAUGUUCAUGCGGACACUGCAGAAAUUCAUGAUGUCACGAAAUCUGCCCUUGGAUCCUAACCCAAUCAUCAGCGGUCGACCCAUCAAUGUAAUGCAAUUAUAUGGUACCGUCAUGAAAAUGGGUGGAUCAAAGAAAAUCACUGCCAUGAACAUGUGGCCGAUGGUCGCGCAGCAACUCCAGUUCCCGCAAAUGCAGUUCCCUAUGGCGGCACAAGAAAUUCGGGACUAUCACCAAAGGAAUCUAGGCCCUUAUGAGCAGGCCUAUUUCCAGUCCCAGUCCAAACACUUUGCCGACCAGAUGCAACAGCAGCCACAGCCGCCGCCACAGCAGCAGCAGCAGCAGCAGCAGCAGCAACCUGGCGGGCUGCCACGCCAACAAAAUGACCCAUCGCAAAUGCAAUUUCAGUCACCUACUGUCAAAACCGGCCACUUUGAGCAGCCUCAACCAAUCGCUCAUUCCCCUCAAAAUAAUACCCCCAUCUCCGCCAACUCUCAACACACCCCAGUUAAUGGAUUUGCCACCCCUACGCAAGCGCGAAGUCAAAGCAAGUCUGCACAGCAGGCACACCGAGCGAGUGUCUCUCGUCAAUCGCACCCUCCGGGCCCGCCUGAGGUUACGGCUCCGUUCACAGCACCAUCCCCAACCCAACAAGGGAAGCCCGCCGUGCCAACUCCUGUUCAACAACAGCCUGGCCCGAUGGCGCCGAAGCCCGAUCAGGUAAUGAAGAAACCCCUGGAGGACCCAUUUAAACCGAUGGUUCUCACAGAGCAUCGUUUACAUGGGCCCGUUCAGGUGGAUGAAAUGUAUCAGAUUGGCGACGACAUCUCACGACUCCGCCCGACCGUACCCAGCUUUGCAGAAUUGGGUGUCAUUGACAUCCAUGCUCUCACUAUGGGACUGAAAUCUGGAAUCAAUGCCGAGAUCCGAGUCGCCUUGGAUACGCUCACUACUCUAUCAUGUGAACCCGCCAUCCAAAUUUCACUUGAGAACUGCGAUGAUCUGGUGGAAAGCUUAAUUGACUGUGCCGAUAACCAGGCCGAUUUCUUGGCCGAUCACCUCCCCGAAGUGUCAGACACUAUGGUGAUGCGUUCAUACGAGGAUGUGACUCGUGGUUGCCAGUCUGAGCACUCUUCUCUUGCUGACGUUCAUGAAUUUGGAAGUCUGGAUUAUGAGCUCGACCGAGCCGUGGAUAGACUGAUUUGUAUUACCACCAUUCUGCGCAACUUUUCAUUCAGCGAGUCAAACUUUGGCGCCUUGGGCCUGUCAUCUGUUACUCAGUGCCUUGCCAAUAUCUUCCGAUGCAUUGGGACUCGCGAUAUGUUCCUUCGGAAUAACCAGAAUACACUGGAUUUCAUGAAAGACGCCGUUAUUUUCAUGAGCAACUUGGCACAUGUUAUGCAAAUUCCCGGAAAAGAUGAAGCUUUGAGUCUGCUGCACUUCCUCCUGGCCUUCUCACCGUCGUCUGAAUCAGCUGGGCCCAGCCCGGAUCAGGUCAUGUUCACAGCAUUCAAUCCCUCUAUCCACCGAUACACUCCUUCUGCUGUUGAUGGCCUUGCCAAGCUGCUGGCAAGAGAUGAUCCAAACCGGAUUUAUUUCGGUGCCAUCUUUUCUGGAGAUGGCGCCACGCCUCCUCAGCCUGAGCUUCUCACCCGCACAUUUGGCCUCGCCAUCUGCGCGGUCCCAGACAAGAAACCCCUGGCGGUUGCAGAUGCCCGAAAGGUAUUCCUCAUGCAAGGCCUCCUAGCUGCCGAUGUUCUGACUACCUUCGCCGACGGACUCCUAGCCCAGCUAUGGCUUGGAUCUGUCGAUGGCUUUGCGAUCCAUCUUCUUCGCCUCUCGUGUCUCCUGUGCACUGAACGCAUCCCGCAGAUCAAUAUGCGACAGCGUGGUCAAGCCGAAGCCGAAGCUUAUGCCUUUGGAUCGAUCAUUCACCGCGGUCUGGCCAUCCUGCGCCGACUCGCCGAAAAGUCGAAGCAAAUAGACAACACCUCACCCCUCCGUCUCCCCUCCGGAAUCCUCCCCCGCAAAGAGAGCCUUCUUGGUGCACUUCUCCUUCCGAACAUGGACCCCACCAUCAUUCGCCAACUCAUUACCUAUGCUCGGCUGGCAGAGUAA